UCCGACGUUGGCGUCAGUCAGCACUAAAAUGCUAUCCGGUUAGAUUUACCCGUCAACGGGUUGUGCCAAAACUGUGCUCACUGCGCCUUGCUUCCUCUCCACAGAACGAACACGGACGAAAAGAACACCAUGUUAUCCAGAUUUAAAGACGCUACAUUUCAGCAGUGAAAAGAGGAGGGAGAGACGGAGGAGAGUGAACUAACAACAUAGGCUAGAAAGGGACUCGGAGAAGAGAGAAUCCCACCGACCAUCUGCGUGAGGCGAGAGAGAGGAGGAGGAGGCCGAAGGGAGAGCAGCAGCAGACUGCGCUUUGGAAUAACCUACGGUUCCCGUUGAUUUGAAAAGAGAAUUUUGAAUUGUAUUUAUUGUUCUGUGAGACGUUUUACUAAAUUCCCACAAAAUGUCAUCUUCUGGCAAAGACAACAGCGCACACUAUAUGAACUAUGUGGGACCUUAUCGUUUGGAAAAGACCCUCGGCAAAGGACAGACAGGCCUGGUGAAGCUGGGAAUCCACUGUGUCACGUGUCAGAAAGUGGCCAUCAAGAUCGUCAACAGGGAGAAACUCAGCGAGUCUGUCCUCAUGAAGGUGGAGCGAGAGAUAGCCAUUCUGAAGCUCAUAGAGCACCCUCACGUUUUAAAGUUGCACGACGUCUACGAAAACAAGAAAUAUUUGUAUCUGGUGCUAGAGCACGUGUCAGGGGGAGAGCUGUUUGACUACCUGGUCAAGAAGGGACGGUUAACACCCAAGGAAGCCAGGAAGUUCUUCAGGCAGAUCAUCUCAGCUCUGGACUUCUGCCACAGUCACUCCAUAUGUCACAGAGAUCUGAAGCCAGAGAACCUGUUGUUAGAUGAGAAGAACAACAUCAGGAUAGCAGACUUUGGCAUGGCGUCUCUGCAGGUCGGGGAUAGUCUUUUGGAGACCAGCUGCGGAUCUCCUCACUAUGCCUGCCCAGAGGUCAUAAGGGGGGAGAAGUACGACGGGAGGAAAGCAGACGUGUGGAGCUGCGGGGUCAUCCUCUUUGCACUUUUAGUGGGUGCCCUGCCAUUUGACGAUGACAACCUGAGAAACCUGCUGGAGAAAGUGAAGUUGGGUGUUUUCCACAUGCCCCACUUCAUCCCCCCAGACUGUCAGAACCUCCUACGGGGCAUGAUCGAGGUGGAUGCCACUAAGAGACUCACGUUGGAGCAGAUCCAGAAGCACAACUGGUACAUAGCUGGGAAGAACGAGCCUGAGCCGGAGCAGCCUGUCCCCAGGAAGGUGGCCAUCAGAACCCUGAGCACUGAAGAGAUAGACCCGGACGUCCUGGAGAGCAUGCACUCUCUGGGUUGCUUCAGAGACAAGGGCAAACUCACCAAAGACCUGCUCUCUGACGAUGAUAACCAGGAGAAGAUGAUCUACUUCCUGCUACUGGACCGGAAGGAGCGGUACCCCAGUCAGGAGGACCAGAACCUCCCCCCGCGCAGUGAGAUUGCUGACCCGCCCAGGAAGCGGGUUGACUCCCCCAUGUUGAACCGCCAUGGGAAGAGGAGGCCGGAGAGGAAGUCUAUGGAGGUGCUGAGCGUCACAGAGGGGGGCUCUCCUGUACCUGUACGACGAGCCAUCGACAUGGCCACACAUGGACAGAGUAAGUCUGUUUUCAGUAAAAGCUUGGAUAUCACAAACGCUAACCUCACCAAAGAAGAAAGGUCACGGUCUAUCAGCGGAGCGUCCUCCGGUCUCUCCACUAGUCCUCUCAGCAGUCCCAGGGUGACUCCCCACCCCUCUCCGCGGGGGAGCCCCCUCCCUACCCCCAAGGGCACUCCGGUGCACACGCCAAAGGAGAGCCCGGCGGGCACCCCUAGCCCCACGCCGCCCCCCAGCCCCUCCAUCGGUGGGUUGCCCUGGAGGACGCGUCUCAACUCCAUCAAGAAUAGCUUCCUGGGCUCGCCGCGCUUCCAUCGCAGGAAAAUGCAAGUUCCCACCCAGGAGGACAUGUCCAGCCUCACACCAGACUCUUCACCAGAGCUUGCCAAGAAGUCAUGGUUUGGUAACUUCAUCAACCUGGAGAAAGAGGAGCAGAUCUUUGUGGUGAUCAGAGACAAGCCUCUCAGCUCCAUCAAAGCAGACAUCGUUCACGCCUUCCUCUCUAUCCCCAGUCUGAGCCACAGUGUGAUCAGUCAGACAAGUUUCCGGGCGGAGUAUAAGUCCACAGCCGGCCCUACAGUGUUUCAGAAGCCGGUCAAGUUCCAGGUGGACAUCACCUAUACAGAGAGCACCGCCGCCACCAAAGAGAACGGCAUCUAUUCGGUCACCUUCACCCUGCUCUCAGGUCCCAGCCGCCGUUUCAAGCGUGUGGUUGAGACCAUUCAGGCUCAACUGAUGAGCUCACAUGACCAGCCUGGGGUCCAGCAGAUCUCUGAUGUCUCUCAGCGGUCAGACACUCUAACCAGCAAACCCUCCAAGCGUGGCAGCCCGUUGAGUAACUUCUUUGACGUAAUUAAACAGCUUUUUUCAGACGAGAAGAACAGCCAGGCGUCGCACAACCCCCCUGGCACACCCGGCACACCUAGCCCCGCCCCCGCCAAGCAUGCCCCCGGCAGCAGGCGAAACGAGCCAUGUCCCCCACCCACUCAGCCCACUGACUCUAAAUGCCCCCCGCUUCUGGGCAAAGACAAACAAACAAAGAUGGCCACCACCAGCCGGACUGGGGAACAACCUUAAGACCGGAGAGAAGUAGCUAGCUCUCUGUUGCAUGACUAGAUAAUAACAACCUGUUAUCAGGUCAUUCAAAACCCAAUACAAAACCCACAAGAGUGUGUGAGAGAUGACAAAUGAAAUGAGAGAUGCUGCUUUCUUUGCUUUAGUCAGUAGGCUUAGUGUGUUUGUGUCUCGAGAAAAAUCUACUUUUGAUUAUCACAGAGAGAAACUUUUGUACUGUAUAAUAAUGGAAUGACUACUCUUUGAGUUUAGCAAUCGAUCAUUGAUCAGUAUUUGACGAUAUAAGUACCACAUGUAGCCAUGUUCCUUUUCUGUUCAUCUACCCUCUCGUCCCUUUCCCACGCCGUGGGAUGUGUGUUGGUGUGUAUGUGUCUGCUCUGUGAUGAUGGCUUGACCUUGUCUCUACCACCAGGGAUCAUCACUAAAACCUAUUAGAGAAACAAGAUGGAGGACAGUGUGUGUGUCCCAACCUGGGGCACUUUGACAACAACGGGAGUAAGUGAGCCAGAGACGGAGGACAAGAGAAAGACUUCACAUACUUCACACUGCUGUCCCCCUCCUCCCCAUGCACCCCUCCUGCUUUCCACCCGCACACACACACAUACACUAAACAGUAGAGUACUAGAGAAUCUCUCUUCAUCAUGACCGACACCCAGAGACAGAUUAGCCGAAGAGUUGGAGAAAAGCCUUAAAAAGACUGAUGUUUGUCAAACCUAUACUACACGCAUCCCCUCUCCUCCUUUCUCUCCUCAUUGUCUAUCCUCCUACACACACACACACACACACACACACACACACACACACACACACACACACACACACACACACACACACACACACACACACACACACACACACACACACACACACACACACACACACACACACACACACACUGGGGGAUGUAAAGACUUGUGCACAAAGACGAAUGGAAGUAGAACCACUGGCUCCUAUGAAAGUUGGAGAGAGGAGGCGCGACUCUUGGACGUUGGAUGGACGUUGGCUGAACGUUGGCUGAACGUUGGCUGGAUUGUAAUUCUUUUUCAUGUAGUCCUUCUUUGUGAACUACAGGAUUUUAACACUUUAGACGUAUUCAGACUCUGUGUCAUUGCUGUAAAUGAAAUGAAAUUGAGUUCAUUGACUUUGGGUGGGCAAUGGGGAGGGAGGGGUACACAAAUGAAUGAUCUAUUCUGUUGUACAGACUAACUACAGUAUGUUCCCAUAUGUACAACGUUUGUGUAGUUGUGACAUUAUGUUUAGCUAAGAACUUAUCACGAUCUUCUGUGUUUUCUACUUUUUGGAUGUGUUUUAUCGAUUAAAUGUUGUAUUUUAUUUUCGGUUCCCUUUUGAGGGAUGAAUCAUUUCAGGGGUUCAUUUUCUUCCAUUUUGUUUUGUUCAUGUUCCUUUGAAAUAUCUGCAGGAUUCAGACAAUAGUGGACAUACUUAUUGUGUAUAUUUGUGUACCUUAUUGUAUUUUUUUGUCAUCUUUGUUUGAAUGUAUUUAUUUAUAUAAACGAUGUAGAAAAUGUAUUAGAUAACUUAUAAGGAUUGUUUUUGUCAUGUUUCAUUUAUUGAUCGUUGAUCAUUCUCUAAAUGUUUUUGUCAUGUUUCAUUUAUUGAUCGUUGAUCAUUCUCUAAAUGUUUUUGUCAGCAUUCAUUCUUUCAUCGAUGAGAAAGCUUGUAAUAUUAUACAUUUGGAAAAUGAUUUACGGUAAUUUAAGAAUGUAGACUAGUCUCUUUGAGAGGAACGAGCCCUUGUUGAUAAUAAUUGUGCGUUCCUUCUCGUUGUGUGUGUACGACAUCAGAGACAUCACUCCAGCCACUCGCCUUGUAAAUACAAAACAAUUUGCUGACAAACUUAUUUCUAAAAAAAACCAAGGGGACUCCUACACUUAGCUUUUACCUUGUGGUGUCGUUUGCAUGUCCAACAUGUGUCUUUUCUUUGCAUGUAGUUGUUGGAAUUGUUCUGUCCCUUUCCCCCCCUUCUUUCUCUCUCUCUCUUUCGUUCUUUCUUUCCUGUCUCUUAAUUUGUUUCUCUUAUUUUUCUUUUCUCCCUCACCACUUCGGUUGUUUGUUCGUCUUUGAGUUCUUUCCUCGCACCCUCCCCUCCCCUUCCUUAUACUAUUGUGCACAUUUACCGUGCAAUGCAUCCUCUGCACGCACACACACACACACACACGCACACACACACAGUCUCAAAGAGCGACCCGAUACUCUGGUCACGAAUUCUGUCUGGGGUGGGAAUUGGUAUCAGAAGAGAUAAAAUAAAGCAAUACCUAUUAGUGUUAUUCUUUCUAUUUUGUACUAUUGGGUAACCAGGCCACACAGGAUGAUGGACAUAGAGUAGAACACAACGCCAGGAGCGCUGGUAUUUAGCAGGAAACCACUGGCAAUGUAUCCCCUUGUGACAUAACUGUGAACAACUUCAGUGCAAAAGGAAAUAAAUCUGUCGACUUUG